CCUUCCUUGGUUGGAUACUUCUUCAUUCCCUUUCCAAAAAGCUUCUGUUACAUUCCCGAUACUACUAUCAUUUCUCGUCCUUGUUAUACUUGUCCCCUUUGUCUCACAUUACCGUUAUUGAUGACUAUUCUAUAAUCUUCACCAACCGAAAGCCUUCAGUAUGGGUACCGAGUUUGGUAUCAACAAGGAUACCAAGCCCGAGCUUCGUCUCGGAGCUGUGGGCAUCUUUUACAUCGUCUUUGCUGCAUUAUGGACGGCUGUUCUCUUGGCGGGAAUGAUAUUCCUCUGGAUCCGGCGUGAGAUGCCCAUCCUGAGGAUCCGGGGCUUGCCGCUGUCCUUUGCAGCAAUCACCUUCAUGCAUACAUACUGGCUUGCCGUCCAGCUGGCCUAUUGGUAUGGCGCGUUGAUGCCUGAAGUCGCCGAAUUCUGGAUCAUGGGCGUCUGGUUUCCCUUCGGGAUCGCGCUUUUCCACGCCUCCAACAGCAGGUUCCUCUACGUUGCCGAUGGCCAGAGGAAGUUUCUUCAGAGAUCCGAGACUCUAUCCGCGCCCGUCAGCCAAGGGGGCUUAUUGGCUCGAUGGCGGAAGAUGGACCACAAUCGCCGGUCUCUCAUCCUGAUCUUGAGCUGCAUGGGACUUCAGCUCGCCUUGACCGCCAUUGUCUUCCUCGUAUCGCGCAAAUUUCACAGCUCAUUUGGCGUCUCCGGCACUGAGGUCCAUGGCAGCUUCAUGGAGCGAAAGGUGGCUCAAGGCCGCGGUUGGGAAUGGUUUCCCUCCAUCUUCUGGCAGAUGUUCUGGGCAUGGAUCUUUGCUCCCUAUAUCCUCUUCCGCGCUCGCAAACUCCGAGACACUCAAGGCUGGAGGCUCCAGACCAUUGCCUGCUGCAUCUCCAAUCUUCACGCCGCCCCGAUGUGGCUGAUUGCCUUGUACGUUCCCGCCAUGGAGCCAGUCAACACAUACUUUAUCCCUCCGCAAUGGAUCGCCGUCUCCGUUAUGCUUCUCGAAAUCUUCACCGUCUUCGUGCCCAUCAUCGAGGUGUGGAAGCACAAAGCUCUUACCCAGGAGACGCUCAACUCCAUUGCGCGCUGGGAGUCCCAAAAGAAGGGAUUCAAUGGCGGCAACAAGUCCAUCAACUCAGACUCUACAAGAUCGUCAUGGGGAGGAAGACACGGAAGAUCGUCAUCUGUCCACACAAGCACCUCUGGCGGAAGCAUCCUGACCAUGGAAGCCCUGGAGCACACACUAUCAAAGAACCCUGAGCCGCUGCAACAGUUCUCCGCACUGCGAGACUUCUCUGGCGAGAACAUUGCUUUCCUUACGAGCGUCAAGGAAUGGAAGGCUACUUACUUUCCCACCACUACAAAGGACACGGAGAAGGAGGAUGGCGCGGCCAAGGUUCUGCCUCGCGAGUGCUUUGAGAGCGCGCUCAAGAUCUACGUCGAAUUCAUCAGCGCGACCCACGCCGAUUUCCAGAUCAACCUUUCCUCAACAGACUUCAAGGCCCUCCAAACUAUCUUUGAGCAGGCUGCGAGCGACAUUUGCGGCAGAGAACGCAGCAGUCCCGACCCUUGCACGCCCUUUGCCGACAUCCCCCACCGAAACGACUCUGAGAGUACUCUUGACGUUCGGUACGGGGGCGAUGUUCCGGCCGACUUUGACGAGCAUGUGUUUGACGAUGCGGAGAUGAGCAUCAAGUACCUGGUCUUGACGAACACAUGGCCUAAGUUUAUCAAGGAGCGGCGGUCUUUUGACUUGGCCAGCGCUGAGGCCGGUAACAACUGAGCCGAUGAACAUUGAACCCUGAGCAAAGAGUUCUAUAUAAAAGGCGGUUUCAUAUGAAGAUAUAUACCCUUUCCUUUGUGAUGAAGAAACAGAUACUAUUGUUAUUGAUGAGUAUACGGAGGCAGGAACGCCUUUGAACAUUCAGAUACGAGCACGUUGCUGCAUCUUUUCUACACGAUAUACUUAUAACAGCCGCUACAACGAUGAAUUCGUAUGGAUUGCGGACAUGACAUGGAGGGUCGACUUGAUGACACACUCAAAGACAUCCUUAGAAUAGAGUCCUAGUAUUAUAAUAUUAUUGAUUAGAUC